ACAAUUUCUUAAUUUUUUUAAUCCAUAUCAAAUGCAAUUCCUACUUUUUAACAUAUUUUUCUAAUCUUUGGGCACUGCUUGAUUUCGUUUGUCAAAUGGUGCAUAAAUUAUCAUACCUGCUCUGUUAAUAUGUCAGGAAUCACUCAGCAAGACAUUGCAGGGCACAAGGGUACAAUUCGGAUUGGGGAUGUGCAGAUUGAUUCCGACAUGGGCAACUAUGAACCCUUCCUAGAUGCGACUCUUACUGAGGAUAACAACAUUACCACUGGCAAGAUGUAUCAGUCUAUGCUUGAAAAGAAGCGGAGAGGUGAAUACCUUAGCAAGACUGUCCAGGUGAUGGUACAAAAUCGCAAUGUUCAUAUAUCCAUUGAUUCUAAUUUUGUGUAGAUCUGUAUAUAUGUUCUAUUCUACUUUGUUUUAUCAUUUUGAAAGAUAUUCUAAUUUAACGAACCGAAUUUAGGAUUUAAGAGUCAAAGCUUGAUAGAUGAUGUGUGAAUGGGUUAGUAAAAAUCUAAACAUGUUCCUUCACAAUUACAAAGCUCUUGUAACUUAACAAAUGUUGAAUUUUCGAAUUGUUAACCAGCUUUUUCCUGUUGAGUUCUAAACUCUACUUGACAAUGACAUUCCCCAUGAUCAGGCAUGACAUUCCCCAACGAUAACUCUAGCUAGAUGCUUGUAACGCACAUUCCUCCCUGAAGUCCAAAAGCCAGAGUAGCCCCUACUCCGCUUUUCCCAGCCGCCCCUCAUCUGGAAAGUGUGAAGAAUCGGUACCCUUACAACUCCUCCUUCAAAAUCGGUAUCCUCAGAGUAACCUGUGCCUUCAAAAUCUUGCUCAUUCGCCCAUAUUCGCCCAUCCGUUCCUCGCUUUCUUUGUUCUAUUUAAUUAUGUUUUGGGGGAGUUGAUUUUUGAAAAGAAGAUCUUACAAACUGUGGCGUUGGGUCCCCAUGACCCUCUCUCUUCUCCGGAGGCAAAGGAGUCGGUUUCGAUUGAUGGCAAUUUCUCCUCCUCAAAAUUCUUUACUACUGUGGAUUUUGAUUACCUCAGCCAUGUGUCGCCUGCACAGGAUGCUACGUGGAGUCAAGGGUCUGACUCAGAAGAAAAUUUUGGGGAGUCGCCACAUCAGAAUUUGGCAUCCACCGAUCCAAUUGAAAGUGGUGAAGGCUUUUUGCAGAAACUAUUUUCGGUCAGUGAGGGGGAUUCGCCCAAGGUGUUCGAAGUAGACGAUAGUGUAGACGAAGAUGCGGCUGACCAAAGUAUUUUGAAGGAUCCUGUCGUAAAAAACAAGGUGCUCAAAUAUUGCAGAAGGAAAAGGUCGAGUCGGACCUCUGCUUAUGGGGAGAGCUCAGGUCGAUCCAGCGAAUUUUUGUCAAAAAUGAAAAUUUCGCUGCUGCCUUUAAAAAAAUCCCUAUUCCCCGGAAAGAGCUUGGGGUGGCGGGCAGUCUGCGGGGAGAGCAGGAAGAACAAACGGGCUUCGGUUAUUAUUAAUGAAGAUAAUCAGUUGGAACAUUAGAGGUCUGGGCAGCAGAAGGAAAAGGGUCCUUUUGAAGGAUUAUUUUCGCCGGGUUCGGGCUGACAUUAUUAUUUUACAAGAAACCAAAUGUGCCAGGGUAGACCGCAAGCUUGUGGCUAGCGUGUGGGGAAGCAAAUUCAAAGAAUGGGUUUAUGCUCCUGCACAAGGAAGCUCUGGGGGCAUCGUGGUGAUUUGGAACACCAAAGUUAUCUCAGUUGUUGAAUCUCUUGUUGGCGCAUUUUCGGUUUCCAUUAAAAUUAGAGAGCA